UUUUUAUUAUGAUGACCAGCCAACUUGAUUCUAAAAAAAUAAUAAAAUUAUGGCGUACCUCGUGUCAUCCCACUGUCUAAAACUGACACCCACAUUAAAACUGCGCCGAUGUUGCUCCCAAUCGAAAGCCCCCUACAAAAUCGUGAUGGUCCGUCACGGCGAGUCCGAAUGGAACCAGAAGAACCUUUUCUGCGGCUGGGUGGACGCCCAUUUGAGCGACAAGGGUAAACAGGAAGCUGCCAACGCCGGAAAGUACCUCAAAAAGUCUGGAUACAAGUUCGACCAGGCCUACACCUCGGUGCUGUCCCGGGCCCAAGAAACCCUCUGCAUCAUCCUCAAAACCCUGGGUCAGCGAAUCCCGGUUGAGACCACGUGGCGCCUAAACGAGCGCCACUACGGCGCUCUGACCGGGUUGAACAAGACCGAGACGGCGAAGAAGUUCGGGGAGGAGCAGGUGAAGCUUUGGAGGCGGAGCUUCGACAAGCCUCCGCCCCCGAUGGACGAAAAGCACCCGUAUUAUCAGCAGAUUGUGUGCGAUCCGAGGUACAAGAACGGGCCGCCGCAGGAUAAGUUUCCGAUGUUUGAGAGUCUGAAGCUGACGAUUGAGAGGACGCUGCCGUUUUGGAAUGAGAGGAUCGUGCCCAAGGUCAAGGCGGGGAAGCAGGUGAUUAUUGCGGCGCAUGGGAAUAGUCUGAGGGGGAUUGUCAAACAUUUGGACCAGAUGAGCGAGGAAAAAAUUAUGGGGUUGAAUCUACCGACGGGGAUUCCGUUUGUGUAUACUUUGGAUGAUAACAUGAAGCCGUGUCCGGAUGGGAGUUUGCAGUUUCUGGGGGACCCGGAGACGGUGAAGAAGGCCAUGGAGGCGGUGGCUAGUCAGGGGAAGGCGAAGUGAGAAUGGAGGGUUUUUUCAAUAAAUGAAUCUGGAAUUUAAAAGUCUUUUACUUC